AUUUUUAAUAAAAAAAAUAAAAUCUCAUAAUUACAGGUAUGUGUUAGCUAUCGCUGCAGGGGAAAUUCUUUACUCAUUGAUUCAGCUGCCUUUCUCACUGUAUCAAGCUAUCAAAGGAAAGAGGUUGAUCAGUGGACAAUUUUUACCAAUGUUUGAUUUUUACGGAGAUAAGGUGAUGGCGUUUUUAUUGGCUAGUGGAGUUGGUGUAGGAUUUGGCGUCAGUAUUGAAUUAAAAAACUUUGUAGACGAAUCAAUAGACAUAAAUGAAGAAGAUGAAGUACGUGUAGAAUUUAGGGAAAAGGGUGACAAGUUUUUUGACAAUGGAAUUAUUGCCAGUGGAAUCCUUCUAGCUGGUUUUACUACCAUGGUUAUAAUCACUAUUCUUAAUUCUACGAAACGCACCGGAAAAAGCUUUUAGCUCGAGACUUAUAUUAUAUAGCGUGAUUGAUCAAACUUUGAAAAUCAACUUAAUAUGACUUAGUCAAGACCGUUUGUACAAUGCAAUCUUUUAUUUUGAGAUGCAAUAAUGUUGUAUAUGAUACUUGAUUCUAUAGGCUACUACAAGA